CCUCACGCUCGCUAUUGGCCUAGUCCCCCCUAGGGGGCGCGGCUUUCUCUCAGGCCACGGCCCUUGAGGAGCCUUUGGCCUAGUUCUCAGCGGAGCCAGGCUCUUUAGGCCCCGCCUCCUCGCCGCGCUAUUGGAGGAGCCUCUUCCGAGAGGCGUUGCUUUCUCCUCAGGCCAUUCCUUCGCCGUGUUAUUGGCCAAGUCUCUUCUAGGGGGCCCAACUUUCUCUCUCAGGCCCCGCCUCCACUGGUGUUUUGACGGAUCCUCUUCCGGGAGGCGCGGCCUUCUCCUCAGGCCCCGCCCACACCCCACGGUUAUAAGUACGGCGCAUCCCCCGGGGUCCCUAGCGGUCUCGGGUCCUGCUGCCCAGUCCGUGCGCGUGCGUGGUUCGGUUCUGCCGCCCUCGCCGCGUCUCGCGCUUCCGUGUCGCCGCGGGUUCGAGCACCGGCUAGGCCUGCUUUUGGGUUCGCGACCGUCAGUCCGCGCGAUGCUGUUCGAUAAGGUGAAGGCGUUCGUGGUACAGCUGGACGGGGCGCGCGCGGGCGCCGAGCCCGUGUUCCACGGAGGCCAGGCCGUGGUGGGCCGGGUCCUGCUGGAGCUGGCGGGCGCGGCGCGCGUGGGCGCGCUCAGGCUGCGCGCUCGGGGCCGCGCGCGCGCGCACUGGACGGAGUCGCGCAGCGCGGGCUCCAGCACCGCGUACACUCAGAACUACAGCGAGCGCGUGGAAGUCGUGAACCACCGCGCCACGCUGCUCGCUCCAGACUCCGGGGACAUCGCCACGCUGCCCGCCGGACGCCACGAGUUCCCCUUCAGCUUCCAGCUGCCUAUCUCCCUGGUGACAUCCUUCGAGGGCAAACACGGCAGCGUCCGCUAUUCCAUCAAAGCCACCCUUCACCGGCCCUGGAUCCCCGCGCGCCGUGCCCGGAAGGUGUUCACUGUCAUUGAACCCGUGGACAUAAACACGCCCGCACUGCUGGAACCGCAGGCUGGAGCCCGGGAAAAGGUGGCACGAUCAUGGUACUGCACCCGUGGCCUCGUGUCCCUCUCAGCCAAGAUCGGCCGCAAGGGCUACACUCCAGGCGAGGUCAUUCCUAUCUUCGCGGAGAUUGACAACGGCUCCACGCGAGCCGUGCAGCCCCGCGCUGCCCUAGUGCAGACACAGACCUUCAUGGCCCGAGGUGCCCGCAAGCAGAAGAGUGCUGUGGUGGCCAGUGUGGAUGGGGAGCCCGUGGGACCCGGGCGCCGUGCACUGUGGCCCGGCCGUGCGCUGCACAUCCCCCCUGUGGGCCCGUCCAUCCUGCACUGCCGCGUGCUCAGUGUGGACUACUCACUCAAGGUCUGUGUGGACAUCCCAGGCUCUUCCAAGCUGCUGUUGGAGCUGCCGCUGGUCAUCGGCACCAUCCCGCUGCACCCCUUAGGCGGCCGCUCGGCCAGCGUGGGCAGUCGCGCCAGCUUCCUGCAGGACUGGGGCCUGCGCACCCUGAUGGAGCGGCCAGAGGCACCCCCUGAGUACUCGGAGGUGGUGAGGGAGAACCAGCUGGUGGAGGUGUCACAGGGCCCCUUCCCGCUCCAGCAUGACCCUGGCGUGACCCUGGAAGGGCCCUACUUUGCCUGUCUCCAGGAGUUCCGCUUCCGCCCGCCGCCCCUGUACUCUGAGGAGGACCCUAAUCCCCCCUCAGAGGCGGUGAGGCCACGCUGCAUGACCUGCUGAUCCAGGAGCCGACACCUCGGUACCAGAUCCACCUCUGUGGUCCCGCUGUGGGAACAGACUUAGAUGAGUGUCCCCUGACGCCACGCAGGACUGAGGAGCAGCACAGGGCU